AUGGAAGGACAUUUAUGGCUAAAAGGAAAAGGAAAAGAAGAAGUUAAAAAUGUGUUGAUUUUACGUAUUUCGCAGAAUUGUGCAGAAUUAAAUCGUUCGAUUCACUUGGUGGAUCUUCGAUCGUUUGGAGAAAUACCAUCUGAUUUAACAGUUGGCGUUGGUAUAUGCGAGAAGAUGACAUCGGCGGGAUCUACUAAUGCACUGAAUCAACCAUUGGAUGAAAAUUUUAUAAGACGGUUGAUUGAAGCCGUGAAAAGCCAGCCUUGUCUAUAUAAUCCGAAUCAUGAGCAUUAUGGUAAUAGGCACGCUAAUGCUCAAUAUAGGGCUCGUGUAUGGCAAAAGCUGUGUGUUGAUUUAGAAUUUACUGAGGAUGCCCAUAUUUUGCAAACGCAUUGGAAGCGCUUGCGUGAUCGGUAUUUGCGAGAACGCAGAAAACGGAAGAACAAUAUUAUAAGUGAUAGUUCGCAUUUGGAAAGUGGUAAUUUCACUCGUGAGAGGCAUGUUUCAGAAAGCUCUAGCUCUGGAAAUACGACUAGUUUGGCUGGUAGUCGUUAUUUUGAGAUGAUGCGUUGGAUAGAACCUUAUUUGGCUGAUGUAACUCCAAGUAGCAGUUUUGGGGCGACAAAUAUUAAUCCUUCUGAUAACUGUUCAAACGGUGCUACUGUUCAGAAAGGACAAAGUAGUGGGAAUAGGGCUGCAGUGGUGACCACAUCUGAAAAUACGGAUACUUUUUAUGUUAAUAGAAGUAAUUCUACUCAUUCUGACCAUUCCGAACCAGCUUUGCAACAAGCAGGAUCCAAAAAUGAAGUUAUGUUGAGCUGUUUUGAACAACGUGAUCGGCAAAAGUUGCAAGCAGAACGAACAGAGCCACGAAAUCGUGAUUACACCAAAUCAUGUGGUAAUAUCCCCAAUGGAUCAAGUGGGCGAACAAAUACGCAGAGCGAUCCAUCGCCGAUAAAUGCCAGUCCUUCAUCUUCAACAACGAGUAGUGAAAUUGAUGUUGGCUCCGUUCCCACAAUUUCUGGUCAAACAAUUACUCAACAACAGUCAAAUAUACAAAGGCAUCCUUCUCAGCGAAUUUUAUAUACAAAAGCAGAAGUGCAACCCCGUUCAUCGAUGCAAACUUGUGAUGGAAGCGUUUAUACAUUAAUGUCUCAGGGUAUUGCGCCUUCAUCUUCAAAAAAGGAUGUCAGUCUUAGAACAAGUGAUGGUAAUGCAGUGGCGAUGGUUAUUGAUACAGCAAACUAUUACCAGCAUGGCAAUCAAAAAAUGUAUCGUUUGGUUAAUGUAUCUGAAAUGAAUGCAGAACUGGUCCCAUUAUCAGCGGGAAAUGCAGGAUCUUCGACAAAUGAAGUGAAAUUAAUCACAGUUCCUCGGAUUCAAUCGUCUUCCGAAGUUUCACAUCGAAGAAAACGUCUUGCACCUGGUAGUUUACCUAGUAUAAGUAAUGGUCGAGGUCAACUUGGUGACGAUUUAAUUCUUGAUGAUGGCACCGGCAAUACCAUUGUGGAAAAGACUAUUACGAUUGAUCAGACUUCUCCUAUAAGUGGUGAUCGUUUACUUUUGGAUCAUUCUGUUAGUGCAUCUAAUAUUUUGGGGCACCACAGUUUGCAACAGGUUCACAUUCAGAAUGCCGGAGGAUCAGCACAACAUGGUAGUGUUAUUACGAGUGGCCAUCAUGUUCAGUUAUCACAUCAGAUUAACCAUCCAGGAAGUACGCAGAUUAAUGUUGUUGCAAUGAGGCCACAACAGCAAAAUCAGAGAUUUAUCACUCAACAAUUAUCAGUUCAACAACCUCAUUAUACGAUGCUUACGAAUCAGUCGAUCACAAAUAAUCAGGACGAACAUUUAGAAUUUGCCAAUUCUAUUGCCACACAUUUAGCUAGACUUAACGAUGAUGAAAAAGCUGUUGCGAAAAUGAACAUUCAGAGAAUAUUAAUGGAUGCUCGUUUUGGUCUUGGUGCUUGUGCUCGUAUGAUUCAUGAUGAAGAACUUACUGAAGUUGCAACCACUAGCACUACUCAUGAAAUGAUAGUUAAUACACAACAGCAUCAAGAUCCAUCAACUCGAAGAUAG